AUGGGCAACAUCGAGUCACAGCUCCUGAAUCGGACGCUAUCAAAAGAGAUUCCCAGCAUCGAGGAAGCGGCCAGCGUUUUUAGCAGCGAAGCGGAUAGACAGCAUUUCAUUGAUAGCAUCAUCCUAGUCGCCACCGCCAACGGAAGCAUCGAUGUUACAUUCAACGAGUUCAAGUUAUUGUAUUCGCGUAUAAAUGGGCAAGGCUCCAAGAUACUAGCUCGCAUUGUUGCACGAGAGGAUAGCGUUAUCAAAGCAAAGAUCGAGCCAGAGGAAGGAGGGAAAACAGAGGAAGAAGCGUUGCUUGCCUUGCGUAAGUUCGUGGAAAUCAGAGCAGAGCAGAUACUCAAGACGGUGCCGAAUCUGGCAGCUGGACGGGGGGGUGAGGGAAAGGAUGAUCCUCCGAGUUAUAGCUCGGUGAUUAAGGAUGGUGAUGGCAAGGCAGGUGAGAAAUAG